GGGAGAGGGGAGCCGCACCUGGGGCGGGGGUGGGUGGGUGCGGGGAGGGGGGCGGGCAGCGCCGGGGACGGGGAUCGGGCCGCCAUGGACGACAAGGCGUUCACAAAGGAGCUGGACCAGUGGGUCGAGCAGUUGAAUGAGUGUAAACAGCUUAACGAGAACCAAGUGCGGACUUUGUGCGAAAAGGCUAAGGAAAUUUUAACAAAAGAAUCAAAUGUGCAAGAGGUUCGCUGUCCUGUCACCGUUUGUGGAGAUGUUCAUGGUCAAUUCCAUGAUCUUAUGGAACUCUUCAGAAUUGGUGGAAAAUCACCAGACACAAAUUACCUCUUCAUGGGUGACUACGUAGACAGAGGUUAUUACUCAGUGGAGACUGUGACUCUUCUUGUGUCCUUAAAGGUGCGUUAUCCUGAGCGCAUUACAAUAUUAAGAGGAAACCAUGAAAGUCGACAAAUUACCCAAGUAUAUGGCUUUUAUGAUGAAUGUCUUCGAAAAUAUGGAAAUGCCAAUGUUUGGAAAUAUUUUACAGAUCUAUUUGAUUAUCUUCCUCUUACAGCUUUAGUAGAUGGUCAGAUAUUCUGCCUCCAUGGUGGCCUCUCUCCAUCUAUAGAUACACUGGACCAUAUAAGAGCCCUGGAUCGUUUACAGGAAGUUCCUCAUGAGGGCCCAAUGUGUGACCUGCUAUGGUCAGAUCCAGAUGAUCGUGGUGGAUGGGGUAUUUCUCCACGUGGUGCAGGCUACACAUUUGGACAAGACAUUUCAGAAACAUUCAACCAUGCCAAUGGUCUCACACUGGUUUCUCGUGCUCACCAACUUGUAAUGGAGGGAUAUAAUUGGUGUCAUGAUCGGAAUGUGGUUACCAUUUUCAGUGCACCAAAUUACUGUUACCGCUGUGGGAACCAGGCUGCUAUCAUGGAACUAGAUGACACUUUAAAAUAUUCCUUCCUUCAGUUUGACCCAGCGCCUCGUCGUGGAGAGCCUCAUGUUACCCGACGCACUCCAGACUACUUCCUGUAGAUUGCUUCAGGGAAAACCUGCCUUUGUAUGUGGAAGUAUACCUGGCUUUUUAAAAUAUAUAUAUACACAAAUAUAUAUAUAUAUUUAAAAACAAAAAAAGCAACAGUAAUCUAUGUGUUUCUGUAACAAAUUGGGAUCUGUCUUGGCAUUAAACCACAUCAUGGACCAAAAUGUGCCAUAUUAAUGAUGAACAUUUAGCACAGUUGUAGACUGAAAUCCAGUACAUCACUAUGUUCUAGGUCAGUCACAGUCUGACAGUUUGCCUGCUGUAUUUGUAAUAACCAUUUUCCUCUGGACUGUUCAUAUAAAAAAAGGUAACUAAUUUCUUUAUCUCUUUUUGCUCUUAGUUAAGAUUCUCAUUAUAGCAUUUAAAUGGCAUGGAUUAAAAUUUUCUUGUUAAGGAGAAUUCACAAGCUAACUUCCACUUAAUCCAUUACCCUUUAUUUUAUUGAAAUGUAAUUAACUGAAGAAAAUAUUCUUUUGGGGAGUAUGUUGUCAUAACAUUUAAAGAGAUUUCCUUUAAAUUACUGUUUUAUGUUGAUCUACAUAUUUCUGUAUAUUUGUCAUGACAGUGCUUGCUUCUAUUUGAUGUCCUAAGCAAAUAAACUCGUUUUAAACAAAACCA